AAUAACCAGCCACACCCUUUUGCAAAUACUGCAGUAAGCAAUGGCCAGCAAGAGCAAGGUAGCUUCUUUCAAGGAGGUACUGUCCAAAGAAGAAAUAGACAUUGAAGAAUUAAGAAGACUUUGUUUCUAUGGUUGUACUGAUAAAGAAGGAAUUAGAGCUACAUGCUGGAAGAUAUUGUUGGGGUAUUUACCAGUUAAGAGAAAGUACUGGGAAGAGGAAUUAAGAAGACAGAGGUCCUCGUAUCACAGACUAAUGAAUGAUGUAAUCAUCAAUCCUUAUAAGGAAGAGGAUCAAACUGAAGCAGUUGAUCAUCCUCUUAAUCCGAAUCCGGACAGUCAAUGGCACAAAUAUUUUGAAGAUAACGACAUUUUAUUACAAAUAGACCACGACACGAGAAGACUCUAUCCUGAAAUAUCAUUCUUUCAAUUGCCAACUAUGUAUCCAAGAAAAGCCUUUAAUACCGGCGUAGUGCUUGGUAUUGAGGCUUUAAAAGAGCGUGUCAGUCACAGUUCUCUACCGUCACAGAAAGUAGAGUCCUCAAGGUAUGGAGUGAGGAAGGUCAAAAUAAAGAAGAAUGAAGAGGAGCCGUUCAGCCCAUUGAAGGAAGGGGAGGAGGGGCACUGGGAGGUCGUGGAAAGGAUUUUAUUUAUUUAUGCUAAAAUGAACAAAGGGAUUGGAUACGUACAGGGCAUGAAUGAAAUAAUUGGUCCAAUUUAUUACAUAUUUGCACAGCAUCCGGACUCACUGUGGAAAGAACAUGCAGAAGCUGAUACAUUCUUUUGUUUUUCAAACCUGAUGGUUGAAAUUGGAGACAAUUUCACUAAGAAGCUAGACAGGUCCAGGGCAGGGAUUGGUGGCUCCAUGAACAGAUUGAUGACUUUAUUAAAAGACAGAGAUACAGAGAUACACAAGAAUCUAAUUGAUAAAGAGAUAGAUCCAGCAUUCUUUGGUUUUCGUUGGAUUACAUUGCUCCUAUCUCAAGAGUUCUUAUUACCAGAUGUUAUUAGAUUGUGGGAUUCAUUAUUCUCAGAUAGUGAAAGAUUUGAUUUUCUAAUUUACGUUUGCACUGCCAUGAUAAUAUGCAUUAGGACAGAUAUACUUGCGGCUGAUUUUUCAGUGACAAUAAAGCUACUCCAGAACUACCCAAUUGAUGACAUGCAGAGAAUAUUGCAAAAAGCUCAAGACAUAAAACAAUUCUAUUCAUUAUCCAAACGCUAGCAGUCUUUAUAUCAUUGGCUAAUUUUUAGUAAUUUUUGUGACAAAAUGAAUUGAUAAUGGAA